GUUAAAGAUAGCUACUUAGACGAUCUGAAUUAGUUUUCUGAUUGCAGUUCUACUCUGUGUUCUGUAAUGAAAUAUAAGAAAACAAGCGUUUUCAAGUGAUGUCCAUAUUAAUCAUUUUGGAUACCCGAUUUUGCUUGUUGGCUACACGGAGUAGUGUUUGGCUGAAACAGGACUUUAGGAUUAUCUGUACCAGCUGCAAUUUAUUUGGUAUCUCAUCAAGGGUUCACUUUAUUAACUUUACAAAUUUUUAUCAGAAGGGACGCGUGUUCAACAAAGCUGGAGAAUGGAAAGUGCAUGGUUUUAAAUAUCAACCAAGUACUUUAUCUGAACAUAGAAUUUUUAAAUUUAGCACAAAAAGUUCAAAAGGAAAAAUCCUAGCUAGUAAUUCUAUGUCCCGAAUUAAGAACACUCUUAACUCAGUGUCUAAGGCAGUCUCUAGCACUCAUAAUGAAAUAGUUUCACGCAUUUCUCGGCCAAAGCCAAAUCCUGCAACUAUAGAAAAAUCAGAAAACGUCCAGACAAAUUUUGGGAAUGCAACAGAAUCUGAAAGUAGUGACACAAAAACUGAUACGAAUAGCAAAGUUCACAUUUCCGAGCCAAGCAACAUAGCAGAUUCUACCUCUGGUAAUCUAAGGGAGAGCUCAGCAAAUUUUCCAAAGGAGAACAACAAUCUAAAUAGUGGCCUGUUCCAUGUUGGCUAUAUCACUACAAACUUUGGGGAGUCUUACAACAUUCUGGCCGGUCAUAUAAACCGAUAUUUUGGCAGUGAAACCAGUAUGGAGAAGACCAAAACCUCAGAGGAAGUAAACAAUAUGCAUGGUUCAUCAUCUACGGAUGAAAUCACUGAAAAAGAAAAGGAUUUAGAUGUGCCAAUAUCUGACCCUACCAAUGUAUCUGCAAAGAAGAGCAUUUCCAACUUCAUAACAAAUCAGUCCAAUAAUGUACAAGCUUUUGUGGGUAGCUACUUUGGUGGUCUAGUUCCAAAAAUGAGAUCUGAAACAAAAAAUGCAAUAGAUGAAAAAGAACAAAAGCCUGAAGAAAUAGAGAAUAAAAGUGAUCAAGAAACCAGUAAAGAUGCUAAAAGUUCAGAGGACCGAGCAAAGAGGUUGUCCCUUCAGAGGGAAAAGAUUAUUGCCCGGGUGAGUGUGGAUAACCGAACAAGAGCUUUAGUACAGUCCCUACGAAGAGCCACUGAUCGUAGACUAUGUAUCAGCCGUGUAGAGGAGCUGAGUUGUCACCUGUUAGAGUUUCCAGAAACCAGGGGUGUCGCUGUUAAGGAAAAAGUCAUUCCUUGCUUGCUGCGACUUCGACAAGCACAUGACGAAACGCUUCAGGCUGCUGUUAGGGAAGCUUUAGCCUUAAUAGGGUAUAUUAACCCUGUUAAAGGCAGAGGAAUCCGAAUCCUCACUAUUGACGGUGGAGGAACUAGAGGGUUAGUGGCGCUACAGACUUUACGGAAAUUAGAAGAAAUGACUGGGAAACCCGUUCAUCAGCUUUUUGAUUAUAUUUGUGGAGUUAGCACAGGUGCUAUACUGGGAUUUAUGCUGGGCUUGUUUCAUAUUCCACUUGAUGAGUGUGAGGAACUUUAUCGCAAGUUGGGAAGAGACGUGUUCAAACAGAACGUUAUUGUUGGAACAGUUAAAAUGAGCUGGAGCCAUUCAUAUUAUAACAGUGAGAUGUGGGAAAGUAUGCUAAAAGAGAGAAUGGGAUCAGAUUUGAUGAUUGAAACAGCAAGAAAUCCUCUUUGUCCUAAAGUUGCAGCAGUGAGCACCAUUGUUAAUAGAGGACUACCUUUAAAAGCAUUUGUGUUCAGAAACUAUAAUCAUUUUCCAGGCGUUAAAAUGCCCUACCUAGGGGGCUGUCAGUACAAUCUAUGGCAGGCAAUUAGAGCGUCUUCUGCUGCGCCAGGCUACUUCCAGGAGUAUGUACUGGGAAAUGACCUACAUCAAGAUGGUGGGCUUCUUAUCAAUAACCCCUGUGCAUUGGCAUUACAUGAAUGUAAGAGUCUAUGGCCAAAUGUACCAGUCCAGUGUGUGAUUUCACUUGGUACUGGACGCUAUGAAUGCGCGGGAAAAAGUAAUGUAACUUCUACAAGCCUUAAAACCAAACUGACCAAUGUUAUCAGCAGUGCUACUGAUACAGAAGAUGGGCCUAUCUACUGGCAGCAGUCUUCUGCAGCUAAGGUGAGCAUGGUAUACAAAGGUGCUGACCAGUAUACUACUAUGCACCUUCAUAGCCCGCAGCCUAUUAGCAUGAUCAUGUACACACGUUUCACAUAG